AUGUCUGAGAGGGGAGAAACUGCGAGUAAUCAAUCAGAGCAGGUUCUCAGAGAGCGCUGUGACGCUCUCCAACAGCAGCUCAACGAAGAGUACGACCGAGCUGGGUCUUUGGAGCAGAAAUGCGACAGACUCAAGGACGAGAACGCCCGCUACAAGAACGAGUUCGAAAAACUCAAGCGCGAACGAGAAGACACGGAAUACGCGCUCAAGAAGAGCGAAGAGACACUCGUGGAAGAGCAGAGCACCAUCAAGGCUCUCGAAGCGCGCAAUGUCAAGCUCGACCACGACCUCGCGCUCAAGGAAGCUGCCCUCAAAGACAAAGACAACCAGAACGCCAACCUCGCCGCCGAUUACCAGCAGCUUUAUGCCAAUUACAGCGAUAAGCUCAGCGAGCUCGAUGACACGCGCGUCAAACUCCUAGAGAAAAAGUUGGAGUUCGACGAUCUGCAGGAUCAAUGGUCAACGGACCAGAAACGGAUCGCGGACCUGGAGGAGGCUAUACAAGAACACGAGGACUCCAACCUGGUCGCCGAGCUCGAGAACGAUAUCGCUGGACUCCACGCCAUACAGGAGCAGGACUCCAGGACUAUCAUUGUCAAAGAUGAGCGUAUUAGUCACCUGGAGGGCUUGCUUCAGAAGGAGCAGCAGCGCACCCUUCACCACGCCGACGAAGCUGCUCGAACGGCCGCUGCCUCUCCAGUCGACGACCAAAGGCAUAUCGGCAGCUUGGGAGGCACACUCGAAGAUGAAUUCUCUAGCCUAAUGCUCGACGAGAGCGACUUUAUCGACUGCGAGCCCAGCGAAUACGAGCUUGAAAUACCGUCCUUGUCCGCCAUUCACGUAGCUGCCAGCGUUACGCCUGUUGUUGCACGUGUACCUGAGAGCCAGAUCGAUAUAAGCCAGGCCGCCAGCGUGGAGCCUCGCAACCCAGCCCCCGCACUGCCAUGCUCUAUCGUUGUCAACAAGGCUGGCAGCACUGAGCCCGUGGCUGUCAAGACGUCUAUACACGCCAUUGCUGUAAGCAAUGCCGCCAGUGUCGAACCCCGCGAUCCAAUGCCACCGCCGCCGUCCACCAUCGACGUCAGCGAGGCCGCCAGCACCGCGCCUAAAGCCGUGAGGGUGCCCGAACAAACAACCGGGUUUUACACGACCUUGAGCACUUCGCCUAUCGAGCCGCCUCGUGUUCAACUCUCCUUGUGCGACGUGCAAGAUAUUGUCAGCUUUGCGCCUGACCAGCCUGCUAUUGCGCCUUUGGACUACUCCCCUCAGAAUGCUGCCAGCACUGAGCCUGUCGAGCCCGCUCGUGUUCCCCUCUCUAUUGUCGAUAACGCAGCAAGCACUGAGCCUGUCGAGCCCGCUCGCGCUCAUCUCUCCAUGGUUGAUGUCCAUGACAUCGCUAGCUAUGCGCCCAAACAGCCCACUGGUACACUUCUGCGCCUGCAUGAACAGACUUCAGUCAGCACUGAGCCCGUUGAGCCAGCUCGCAACACCCUCGCUUUCGACGACGUGUACGACGUUGCGAGCUUUGCGCCCAAGCGGCCUGCGUCUGUUGCCUCGACAAUUUCCAGACACGAGAUUGCCAACUAUGCGCCGAAAGAGCCUAGUCUUCCACUGCUCACUGUGGACGUGACUGAAGCUGCUAGCACGCGUCCGAUUGCCCGUCAGAUCACCAGCGCCGAAUUUUCUACCCAAACCGACGCGCCUGCUACCACCAACAACUUCUCCACUCAGACCGACGCGCCCACAACCACCGAUCUUGCUAUUCAGACCGACGCGCUUGUUAUUACGACUGCCAAGCCUAACAACCAUAUCAUCCCCGUUGUAGUCACUCGCGAAAUCAUACCUGUCGAGCAGACUCUUCCCAAGCCCGAACCAGAGCGUCCGAAUACUACGACCGAAGCUCAGGCGCAUACAAACAAUGACACUGCCGAAGAACGUGUAAUAGCUAAGACAUCGCCUGUCAUGGCUACACGGGCUAAAAAGGCUCGAUUCGCAGGCUGGAUUCCCAUUUUGUCCACUGUGCUUUUCGCGGUCUGGUCACUCAUACUCCAAGCCGAGCUGGCUACCUGGAAGAAUGCGAACGGAGUCGGUUUCGGCGGUGGCCAUGGUAACGUAGCUAGCCGCAGUGGUGCUCACGGUAACGGUCGUGACCUCUUCGGUGACAUUCCCAUCGGCAUGAACAUUGGCAAUUCGUGGGUGUCGGAGCAGAUUGCGCAACGCAUGUCUGUGGCCAUGUCAUUCCUCGAAGAUUGGGUUGGCAUUGUAAACGAGCCCAUGUACUGA